CUCCUCCUCCUCCUCCUCAGGUUCCUCUACAUGAACCUACCUGUCUCCACAGCGCCAUUCUCCCAUCUCACGCACUGAAUCCCCCCGGAGGAGGAACAGAAGCUGUAACAUGAAGAAACGCUGCAUGGACAUCGGCAAGCUGCGGAAAAUGAAGAAGCUCAAACUGACAGAGAAGCUCUCCGAGAGUGCGUACUCUUUCCUGAAGUUCAUGAUAGUCUGGAUCCUGGUGCUCUUGGCUGACUUUAUUCUUGAGUUCAGACUGGAAUAUUUGUGGCCUUGUUGGCUCUUCCUUGGAACCGUCUACACCACGUUCCACUGUCAUGGGCUGGCUAUCUGUGUCGUGUUUGUGUGUGCAGCGUUUACCCUGGACAUAUUCUGCUUAAUUUUUGUACCUCUACACUGGCUGUUUUUUGCUGCCAGCACAUAUGUCUUACUCAACUACAUAUGGCACACAGAGAAGGGCAUCUGUAUGUCCACUGUGACCUUAUGGAUUCUCCUUGUAUAUACGGAGGCCUCUCUCAGGUUGAGAGACCUUAAGAAUCCAUAUGCCAACCUAUCUCACUUGUUCGCUGCACACUGCAUUGGGUAUCCACUGGUGUACAUGGGAUUUGAUGCAACAUGCUACUUUUCUAGCAUCUUUAAACUUCGCACUCAAAAAGCGGUUCAGAGUGACAGUGACUUGCACAUGCAUCUCCUACAACAGUCCCUACCUCCAUACACACAACUCUACCCAAAGCUGGGAGUGGAAGAUUCCAAAUGGAGGACCAAACCAGGGCCCAUGCAAUACCAAUGUCAAAAUGAUGCCAUCAUAUCGGAGGACAAGCAGGACCUGGAGGACUGCUUCCAGCUCCGCAGACUUCAGGGCAGGGCUGAGAGAGACUCUGGGGACACAAAGACACUAAGAGACCCCAACCCUCAGCCUCCGGGGUCCAAGCCACAUGGAGCUGAAGUGCGCUUAGCUUCAGCGCCUUUGCCCGACAUCCCUGAAAACCUACCUCAGGAGGACUCGAGUGGUAAAGCUCAGAAAGCCUCCAAGACCUCCCAGGCUAAAGUGCAGAGGAGCUCCGUGAGCAUCAGUACCAGCAAAGGGGAGAGGAAGCAAAAACCUCCCAAAGCCAUCAGCUCCAGUGCAGAUGCAGCAGAAAGGAGCUCAAACAUCCAGAGUCUUCAAAAUCCUCAUGCUGAACAAAUAUCUAAGCUGGAGCAAGAAAUGAGAAAACUGAAGAUGGAGCUGCAGACGAGCCAACAGAAUGAGCAGGAGUUACGUAGUCACAUCUGUAACCUCACCAACAGCGAGAACAGCCUGCGGCCUGAAGUCUCACUGCUCAGACACGCAAACGAACUUCUGCAGAACAAGCUUCAGUAUCUAACAAAAUCCAGGCAGAAGGACAAACAGAACUGUGCCAUGUUGGAGAAGAGAGCUAGAGCAGAAACAGAGAGCAGAGUGGCGACAGAAAAACAACUUGCAGAAGUUCGAUCCCAAAAAUUCGAUGAGGCAGCCUUUCUACUUCGCAGCGCACCGAACAGGCAGGAACACACUGAAACGCAGCUGUUAAGGAAAAAAGCUAGAGAUCUAGACACAGAGUACAAACAACUACAGCUGGACUAUCAGGGGAAAGAGAAUCGAGUGCUAGCUCUAGAAAAAGAAGUGGAGAGUCUCCAGAAGCACAAAUGCACAGAGCAGGAAGCCGACGCUUUGCUCUCAGCGCUCUCCUCCUUGCAGGACAAAGCUCAGCACUUAGAGUACAACCUGAGCGCAGAAACUCGCCUCAAACUGGACUUGUUCUCCGCUCUGGGGGACGCCCGGAGACAGCUGGAGAUAGCCCAAGUUAAACUUGUGAAGCAGGACCAGGAGAUCAAGGAGAUGAAGCAGAAGAUUGCUGAGGUUAUGGCAGUUGCUCCAGGUAUGUCCUACGUAGCUCCACGCUCAGCCAUGCCGCAGUACCUCAAGUUCCUCAACACUGAGCGCUACGUCCUGAACCCCCGAGGGCUCAUGUACCAGUGUCUCAAGAAAUAGACACAGUGACCUGAGACAAAACGGAGGCCUUUUGUUUUUUGAAGCUGUUUUUGAUCAGCUCGUUCUGACAGUCCAAACGGAAGGCGACACAUUUUGUCUUGAUUGUCAGUCAGGCUGUGUGCCUGGGCUUCCCUGACAAUGCCAGCAGCCUCCAGUAAACUUAGAGCUGUGUCAAGUUUACAACCCUGAGACAGUGAGGAGAUUUUAGAUGACCUUUCUUGGAGCCAGUGGUUCUUGAGAACACAAAGCUGAUUGUACAAAUGAUUUGUGGUGCUACAGAAGUAUACAGACGAAAGCAACGCUGACCUUUUUUAAAAAUUUUAACACAGGUACCUCCAGACUUGCUCUUUACAACAGCAAGGUGCCAUUCAGAAAAGGUUUUCACUUGUCAGUCUGUGGAAAUUUCAAGAUGCGCUUUGUGAAGACCACCUAGAUCACGGGAGUCCAACUGCAGACCUGGAAGGUCGAGGCACAGCACAAUUUGGUGAUUUGCCUGAUCAAACAUGCCUGAGGCAACUCCGCAAUUAAAGGGCCAUUUCAUUGAAAACCAAAUUUAAUAUAGUUUGUAAACAUGGAUUAAAAACAUACCAUUCACUCCUCAGUCCAUACAGACCUUAAAUGGAAAUCAAGCUGUAAAAACAACCCAUUUUAAAUUUGUUGUUUUCGUGAUGUCAUGAAAACCAACACAUUUACAUAUCGCUGC